GAAAAUUACAGUAGAGAAAUCAUUCAAAAUUUUAGUCUGGAACUGGGAACCACUAAAUUUGUACUUUAAUAUCUGGUUUUCGGAACUCCCAGACGGUCAGGCCAAAAUGAAUAGCUGCUGCUGUAGAUCGCAUAGCGAUCGCACCGAUCCCAUGGCCUGUCUACCUCAGUUUCCACGUCUACAGCGGGUCCAAAGUUGUCGGCCAUUUUUGGAGGGACGAAAGGCAGUCAGCUGUUGUGUUUCGGGUGAGAGGCGUUGGGGUCAGAGAAACGGAGGUAUGAUCCAGGUUCUGGCCAAGAUGGUGAACAAAUCGUCCAGUACGGUCUGCCAAUUUCUGCACCAAUUGACACUGCAGGUCUUUGCGAGAAUUCUAUAUCCUUUGAUGAUGGGCUGGAAUACGCUGAAGGUACCGUUUGUUAUACCCGACAUCUGCGAGCUAUACUACGGGAUAUUCGACGAAUGUGGUAACUUGAGGGGUUCCAUUCCCACCAGGACGUUGCUCAUCCUGAUAUCCAUGAUCCAGUACUUUCUAAAUCUACCCAAGAGAUGUGGACGAAAUAAUAUGUGUCCGGGUUGCAGAAGCCAGUCAGAUGAUUUGAGGAACAUUCACAAUCCCGGUUAUUGUGGCAAAAAUGCGAUGACACCAUUCUCGGGACGGCCAAUUACACAACAAGGACCAUCGACGAGAAGUCAAGUGUGGGCGGGACUUAAGCGAGUGGGAUACGAGAGACGUGUCGAUCUAGACAGUUAUCCCUCGGAUGAGUCCAUUCCAUAUGGCUAUGCACCACAUCGAUGUCCUUGCCAGGCCGGGGAUUCCAAAGUCCAGCGAUCCGCACUGGGACUUACGAAUCCUUAUGCAAAUAGGUCUGGGCCCUUGAGAUCAUUGGUCACCGCAGAGGACCUGGAAAGUCCCAUCUCUCCUUUCGAUUAUAAUCGGCGAACUUCAAUGGCACCCAUUUCACCAAAAGCAGCCCAAUUAAUUCACAUCAAUCACAUCUCGAAUCUAUACGCUGCAGUCGUACAGAACCAACAUACAAGGAAAUUAUUUGCUGAUGGAAAGCCACCAAGGCCGCGGGUAAGACCCUGCACUGAGAACCAAAACAGAUUCUCCGGAGGUUUCAUGAUGCCCCAACCGUAUUUCAAUGGUAUGCCAUGGAGUUGGCUGCACAGAGAUCCGCAGAGAAUGAUACGCCUACCAAGUGGAGGUAUUCCAUUGCAAAUACCUCGUUAUAGACGCCAACCUUUGGAUGAAGAGUAUCACAGCUUUAAAAGUAAAUAUGAACUCAUGAGCCGACAGGAUAACCCUUUCAAGGAAAACAGCUUAUUGCCUUUGGAGUAUUACCCAUCUGAAAAUAGAUUUAACCCAGGAAAUAGGUUGCCAUCUAUAAGCUGGGAGGAAAAAAUAAUGGAUCACCCUAAUUAUAAUAUUUCCAAUGAUCUAAGACAAAUCCCAGUUAAGCAACAAGGAAAAAUGGCGUGGGAGGAGCUCUUUAUAAAAAGAAUUAAUGAUGCAAAGAAAACUAAGGGAACUUUUGAUUACUGGAGGGAGAUGCUGGAGAGAAAUAAGUGGAGAACAUUUCAACAAACAAUAAAGGACAUACCAAUAUACCCUUCCAAAGAGUAUGGGUAUUCCCAAACAGGAAAAGAGAGUAACCACAUUAUAAUGAAGAGAAGCAGUAAUUCCUUGAAAACAGCAAGACAAAACCAAAAGAAAUUAGAAAUCGAAAAACCUGGGAUUUCAAAAAGGGCAAGUAUCAAUCAAAGAACUCCUCGUAUUCCACCUCAACAUCCAGUAAAAAAAGUUUUUAGGAGCAAAGGAAAACAGACUUUAAAAAAUCACCGCGAACAGGUUAAGCCUCAGGGCACCAAUAAUAUUAAGUCUGCAGAUAAGACCCUGCGUUUGGCAAAGAAUGCAAUAAUAAAUAACCCAAUUAAAAAUCAACCAAACUAUCCUGAUCCCGAGGAUUAUAGAAAAGAAAUGGCUAGAAACCGAAGAAAUAAAAGAAAAACUGCGGGGGAGUCCGUCAUGCUGAUAAAGCCAGCCAAAAGUAUCAUUCGAAAGCCUAUAGACACCCAGUUAAGUGCAAUAUGUCAGGAAGAUAUAACAAGUUUGAAGAAACAAUUAGAGAUGAGCAAAAAUGAUAAAAGGGUACGAUUUCGUGUUCCCAAGCCUUACAGCUUCGAAAGUGAAAUGCCAGCAGAAGAUUCGAAGCGGAAAACCAAUCGCAAAAGUAAAGUAUCUGGAAGUUGUGUUCUUCCUGAAGGUGGAGAUCAGAUACCAAAUCAGUUCAGUAAGCUCCAUAGUCAAGAUAAAAGUGCUACAAAAAGUGUGUUUUUCCGAAGAUCGGGAAAGUCACCGGAACGAGGUUUACGAAAAAAACGAUUGCAUGCAGAUGAUGUUACAGAACUGCCCACACAUAGUAAACGAGCUACGAUGGGUUUUCAAACGAAAUAUCAUGGAAAUACCAAAAACAAACCCCCCCUCAGCAGAAGCUGUAAAAUCCAGCCCAAAAAAAUUUUGUAUUCCAGAGAAGGAACUAAAGACGUGGAUACACUGAAUCAAAGACUGAAGCGAAGGUAGUCAUUAGGUUGUUUGUUAUGAUAGCAGCGUUCUUGUAAUCUAUCUAUCGAUUGGAUUGAUGUUAUUUCCAAUAUUUACCUGAAUUAUCUAAAAUCAAUAUGAGCUACAUGGUAUAUUUUUGUUACUAAGCUUGGCCACCGAUUGUAUAGAGACACCACGCCUGACCGCCUAUUAAAUUUUCGUUCUAAAAGUGUA